AUGCCCGGCGGGCCGGGGAUAACCCAGAACUGCGGAGCUCGCUCGUGCACUCGGCUCCAACCACGCCUGGGGCGAGGCCCCGCCCCCGCCUCCGGGCGGUCCCUGCGGGCUCGCGGCGCUAGCCCUCUCCCCCUCGGGGCGGCCUCAUCCGGGCCUCAGUCCCCUCCACAGUCUUCUGUUCUAGUGCGUAAAUUCACAGAGAAACAUGAAUGGAUAACAACUGAAAAUGGAAUUGGAACAGUGGGAAUCAGCAAUUUUGCACAGGAAGCUUUGGGAGAUGUUGUUUACUGUAGUCUGCCUGAAGUUGGGACAAAAUUGAACAAACAAGAUGAGUUUGGUGCUUUGGAAAGUGUGAAAGCUGCCAGUGAACUCUAUUCACCUUUAUCAGGAGAAGUAACUGAAAUUAAUGAAGCUCUUGCAGAAAACCCAGGACUUGUCAAUAAAUCUUGUUAUGAAGAUGGCUGGCUGAUCAAGAUGACGCUGAGUAACCCUUCAGAACUAGAUGAGCUGAUGAGUGAAGAGGCCUAUGAGAAAUACGUCAAGUCUAUUGAGGAGUGAGACUGCGGCCCUAAAUAAACCAGUGUGGAAUAACGUCAUCCAGCAUAGUUGUCUUAAAUUCGUGGUGGACGGAAGACUUAAAAUAGCAGCUUGUAGCAAUACUGAUGGGAAAAGAAACUACUCAUCACUGCUAAUGAGAAACAGUGCUGCUUAACCUUCUAAGGAUUACAGUUAAAAACAGUAUGCAUCUUUUCCCCAAUACCCUCUGAUGUUGAGACGAGGCCCUAGUAUUCCGAAUUCAUGAAAUAUCCAUUGUAAGACUGGUUAUGAAAAUUAUGUAAUGUAAGGAUAACAUUGUUAUCUUAAGCCUUAUAAAACAUUGUAACUUGCUUACAUCCACACUUGGAUUUGGGUUAAAAACGUACUGAUCUUUCCACUGGAAAUUACUGGGAGUGGAGAAGCUUUUGUUGGUGGUACGGUGUCAGAUGAAGAACCACAGUAGCUUAAUCUUGCAUCAUACUGCAUUUGCUGUGCUGUUUUUAUACAGUGAAUCAACAGCUUUGCAGCAAAAAAGAAACAAAUAAUAAAAGAUGCAACUUCCUUGUUAA